AUGCGCCAUCCUUGGUUAGGAAGGAAGGAGUCAGGAGGAUUAUUAGGAGUUGGAGUGCACCUGAGUAUAAAGGGCUUUGGAUAUGCUGUGAAUAAGACAUCGAAGGAAAUAGGACCUCCCAAGGCGGCGGGUCUUCUCAUUCGACAGUGGCUGCCGGCGAUUCAGCCGUGGCCACUGGCGACAAACCCACCGCGCCAUUGCCUCGCUAUCCUCCGCGCUCCCCAUGCCACCCACGCCAACCACGCCAUAUCACCUUCGUUUCCAAUUUGGAUUAAGGCUAGUGUUGCUGAUUCUUUCAUGGCGGAUCUUGAUGAGCUAUUGGACAGAGAAGACUAUCCUGAAGUUGAAAAUGCAGAGGCAGAAAACUUGGAAGAGGAUGCUGAUGACAAUCUCCCUGACCUGAAAUCUCUUGAUCUUGAUAGUGUCUCAAAACUUCAGAAGACACAACGUUAUAAAGACAUAAUGCAGAAAGUUGAAGAUGCACUUGAAAGAGGUAUAAGUGACUCCAAUCAAGGGGCCAUCCUGGAAGAUCAAGAGUACCAGCUUGUUUUUUAUUGCAAUGCUUUAUCAGUAGAUAUUGACAAUGAGAUUACUAUAAUCCACAAUUUCAUACGUGACAAGUUCAAGCUAAAGCACCCUCUACUAGAAUCCCGUGUUCACCAUCCGAUUGAUUAUGCCCGUGUUGUCCGGAAGAUUGGAAAUGAGAUGGACUUAACACUUGUUGAUUUAAAAGGUAUUUUACCUUCUGCAGACAUAAUGUGGAUCACAAUGGCAGAAUCAACAACUAGCAGGGAGCCUCUUUCUGAAGAUAAUUUAGUAAAUACUAUUGAAGCUGCUGUUGCCUCGAAACUGAUGAGUCGGGCUGGUGGUUUGGAAGCACUGGCCAAAAUGCCCGCUUGUAAUGUGCUGCUUCUCGGUGCAAAGAAGACAAAUCUGUCUGGAUUCUCUACUGCAUCAAUGCAGUCUCGUAUUGGUUAUCUUGAACAAACUGAAGUAUUUCAAAGCACACCUCCAUCUUUAAGACCUCAGGCUAGUAGACUUCUAGCUGCAAAGGCAACACUAGCAGCAAAGAUUGAUUCCAUAAGAGGUGAUCCAACUGGAACAGCUGGGCAGAACUUAUUCCAAGAGAAGAGUUCUGAAAGUAGUGGAUCAAGAUUGGGGUUGACAUCAAGUUUUGCAUUUACGCCAGUUCAAUUCCCCUUAUCUUUCGUCCUAUCAGUUUACAUACAGCUCUACUUCUGUGGCCCUGUGAUCCAUCUUUUUGGUGAUUCUUUCCCACAGGGAAUAGAGCUGUCAAAUCCAUUUGCCCAAGGGGCUCUUCUUCACAGGUUCAGCACUGCACCGGCAGCCGCUGCUGCUACCGCAGAGGAGCCAAUCCAGCCCGCCGUGGAGGUGAAGCACACCCAGCUCCUCAUCAAUGGCAACUUCGUCGACGCUGCUUCUGGGAAGACGUUCCCGACGCUGGACCCCCGCACCGGCGAGGUCAUCGCGCGCGUCGCCGAGGGCGACAGCGAGGACAUCGACCGCGCCGCGCGCGUCGCCGAGGGCGACAGCGUGGACAUCGACCACCGCGAACGGUGCCGAAUGCUGCUGCGGUUCGCUGACCUGAUCGAGCGGCACGCGGAGGAGAUCGCGGCACUGGAGACGUGGGACAACGGGAAGACGCUGGCACAGGCGGCGGGCGCCGAGGUUCCCAUGGUGGCGCGGUGCAUCCGGUACUACGCCGGGUGGGCGGACAAGAUCCACAGCCUGGUGGCGCCGGCCGACGGCGCGCACCACGUGCAGGUGCUGCACGAGCCCGUCGGCGUGGCCGGGCAGAUCAUCCCCUGGAACUUCCCGCUGCUCAUGUUCGCCUGGAAGGUCGGCCCGGCGCUCGCCUGUGGCAACACCGUCGUCCUCAAGACCGCCGAGCAGACGCCGCUCUCCGCGCUCUACGUCGCUAACCUCCUCCACGAGGCUGGACUCCCCGAGGGUGUUCUGAACGUGGUGUCCGGCUUCGGUCCGACGGCCGGCGCCGCGCUCUGUAGCCACAUGGGUGUUGACAAGCUUGCGUUCACCGGAUCGACGGGCACGGGGCAGACCGUGCUGGAACUGGCGGCGAGGAGCAACCUGAAGCCGGUGACGCUGGAGCUCGGUGGCAAGUCCCCUUUCGUCGUCAUGGACGACGCCGACGUCGACCAGGCCGUCGAGCUCGCGCACCACGCGGUCUUCUUCAACCAGGGCCAAUGCUGCUGCGCGGGGUCACGGACGUUCGUGCACGAGCGCGUGUACGACGAGUUCGUGGAGAAGUCCAAGGCCCGCGCCCUGAAACGCGUGGUGGGCGACCCCUUCAGGAGCGGUGUCGAACAGGGGCCUCAGAUCGACGGCGAGCAAUUCAACAAGAUCUUGCGGUACGUCCAGUCCGGCGUCGACAGCGGCGCCACCCUUGUCACCGGCGGCGACAGGGUAGGCAACAGGGGCUUCUACAUACAGCCGACGGUGUUUGCCGAUGCCAAGGAUGAAAUGAAGAUCGCUCGGGAGGAGAUAUUCGGGCCGGUGCAGACCAUCCUCAAGUUUAGAGCCGCCACACGCGUGCUCUAUUUUCUUGCUUGUGGCAGCGGCAUGGAGGAGGUGAUCCGGCGCGCGAACGCGAUGCACUACGGGCUGGCGGCGGGGGUGUUCACGCAGAGCCUCGACGCGGCCAACACGCUGUCCCGGGCACUACGGGCGGGCACGGUGUGGGUGAACUGCUACGACGUGUUCGACGCCACCAUCCCGUUCGGCGACUACAAGAUGAGCGGCAUCGGGCGGGAGAAGGGCAUCUACACCAUCCGCAACUACCUCCAGACCAAGGCCGUUGUCACACCCAUCAAGGACCCUGCGUGGCUGUAA